CAAGCCAUCGCCACGCCGCCCCCCACCCCCCCGAAACGGGGCUGCCCAUGCAAAUCAGCCGCGGUCGGGCCCGCCCACCCCACGGCUCCGGAAGCUGCAGUCCCCUUGCCCAGCUCCGCGCGGCGGCUGCCGGGGCCACAUUUCCGCCGGGCCGCCUGCCUAGCUGCGAUGGCGUUGCAGAUGGCUGCGCGGCGCGGGCGGCCAGUGCGGCUGCUGGUGGACAUGGACGGCGUUCUGGCGGAUUUCGAGGCCGGCCUCCUGCGGGGCUUCCGCCGAAGCUUCCCCCGGGAGCCGUACGUGCCGCUGCAGGAGCGCCGCGGCUUCCUCGCCUGCGAGCAGUACCGAGCCCUGCGCCCGGACCUGGCGGACAAAGUGGCCAGUGUGUAUGAAGCCCCAGGCUUUUUCCUAGACUUGGAGCCCAUCCCUGGAGCCUUGGAAGCAAUGCGGGAGAUGAAUGACAUGCAGGACACCGAGGUCUUCAUCUGCACCAGCCCUCUGAUGAAGUACGACCACUGUGUGCACGAGAAGUACCGCUGGGUGGAGAAGCACCUGGGGCCCCAGUUUGUGGAGCGCAUUAUCUUGACGAGGGACAAGACGGUGGUCUUGGGGGACCUGCUCAUUGAUGACAAGGACACCAUUCAAGGCCAAGAGGAGACCCCAAGCUGGGAGCACAUCUUGUUCACCUGCUGCCACAACCAGCACCUGGCCCUGCCCCCCCCACGGAGACGGCUGCUCUCCUGGAGUGACAACUGGAAGGAGAUUAUAGAUAGCAAGCGGGGAGCCCUGCAGCGGGACCGAACCGGCCUGGGGCCGCCCCAGGAAUAAGGCGAGGGGCCAUGGCCGUGGACAGUAGCUGAAGGAAGGGAAGGCAGACCAGCAGGGAGCCCAGGCAGAACUGAGUGACAGGGCAGCAUCAUGGCAAUGACCCCUCAGCACUGUGCCAGCCACCUGAACCCUCCUGGCAGAGCUGGCCUGGAAACAUGGUGGGAAAAUCAGGAACCUUUUUAAUAAAACACUUUGGCUCACUGCUCUCUUAUGGCCUUUUAUUUGGGGGAAGCGAAGGGACAGGAGCCCCACAGGG